UCCCUUCCCAUUGGCAGCCUAUAUUGUCCGAGGCCAGCUCUUUGUCACAUUGAAACAUUACAUCUGCUGCUAAAUAACACGAUUGUAUUUAUUAUUGUUUCUGUGAUUUUUUUAUUUAUUUCUGAAUUUCAGUUAGACAUGUCAAUGAUACUUCGUGUUAUUGUGCAUGAUGGUGACAUCCAAAAAGUAGUAAUUCCAGAAAAACCAUCUGAUCUCGUUGCCUUGAAACAUGUGCUGCAAGAGAAGCUGCAGGUAUCAUAUUCUUUCAAUGUUCAAUAUGAAGACCCUGAUUUUAGUAAUGCAUUAUGCAAUGUCAGUGACAUCAAUGAUUUGCCAGAGAGGGCAACCCUGAAAAUUAUUCCUCUAUCCACAUCUCCAUCUUCAAGUCAAGCAGACACAAUAAUUCUCUCAGGUUCUGAUACAUCGGAGAAGUUGUCUGCAGAAAGACAGAGUGAGUGGCCCGAGGAUUUUGAAAUCCCCAAAUUUUCUGUAAACGUUGAAUACCGUCUCCGUCAGGGAAACCUCGCUAUUAUGAAAGAUGCAACUUAUCUUAAUGUUGGAAGAGACAUUAAACAUGAUAUACUGGAAACACUUGCAAGGGCUAUGUACAACUUUAAGGCAUAUCCAAGAGAUGAAGAUUUUGCCCAAGUUGCAGCAGCGCUCGUCAAAGCACACCCAUGUUUGAGUGAACCAGGCUCCUCAACAGGCUCAGCUGGUUGGAAAAACAGCCUGAAAUUUAAGAUGGCCAACUACCGAACUAAACUGCGUAAAUCUGGCUGUAGUGAUGUUGCUGUUGAGGGAAAGAGAGGUGCAACAAUGGACGGCGUGCUAAAGAAAGGCAUUAAAAAACCUAGACGGUUUGAAUUAAAUUUCUUGCCAAACUUUCCCAAUGGGGAGAAUGAAGAAAGUCAAGAACGCACAAGAGUAGAACUUCAAGAGGAAAUGAAAAAGAGGACACGGAACAUGAGCCUGAUUGGCCAGAAGAUGGACAGCACUUUUGCCCUGAGGAGAAAGGAAAUCAUUCAUUCAGAACCUCCUGUUUGUGAAAUUUUGGAGAAGUGGCCAGCACUUUUUACUGAAAAUCAGAUCUUUGCAGAAUUCAGUCGCAUAUCUGGGAAAAAUUUGAGAUCCGAGUUCUACGCAGCAUUGGACACACACUCUGCACGUUUGAUUGAAAUUUUCCGAAAGAAAGGAGGAAAUCAGGGGAAAACGCUUCAUGACAUUUUGCGUCAGUCAUCUGAUGUAACGUGUGUGCGUACCGCAGUACUUCGCGGUCUUCCAGUCCUCCUGGGGGAUGACUCUGAGGAAUUUUUCAGGAUGUGCUUUGAUUCAGAUGUAGAUGCUGACUUCAGUGGAGUUGAUGUUGGCCUGCUCACAGUUUUACCUGAAGAUACGCCUGCCCAAACUCCAAAUGCUCUCAAUGUUGACUCAUCAAGGGCAAUCAUUCUGGAGGGAAGAAUCGUCGUGGAUGAUGUCCCAAACUUGCCACAUGCUGUAUGUCUCCUCUUUGCUUUAAUCUAUGCUCUUAAUUUGGACUACCCAAAGACAAUGAGGAACUCAUUUGAUUUUAUUCAGAGGGUAUUUCUGUUGUUGGGAGGUAAGAAUCUUAAACCCAAACUCCAAACCCUUAAAAACCAGCUUUUAGCUAAACCUUAGCUAAACCUUAGCUAAAUGCCUCU